CAUAGUACUUAUGACAGUAUGUUGGACGCUGGGGUGGAUAGGGACAUGGCAAGGAAGAUGACAAGGGACAAGAUCGAAACCGUCCUGCGCGAAUGGGGCUAUACCGAAGAUCUCUCUUGGUACUUUCGUUGCGAAAAGAAUUUUGUUUGCGAAGAGACUCCUGGGAUAUCGACCGCAUCAAGUGGAUCCCCGGAUAGCACGUUUACUCUAGCAUAGGUUAAGGCUAGAUUCAUCCAGAUCCGACAAACUUCCAAUAGUGGGCAGCAAUUAAAAAUUCACGUACUGCGUUCAUCCUCGGGCCCUCUGCGUUUUCCCUAGGGUGCUAUCAGAUGAGUGCUAGUGGUUCAGCUUAUUGAAGCCACUGCCUCUAUGAUUUACCAAG